GUAUUAUAGAUGAGCGACGCCCAAGUGAAAGCAGCUGGUAAACUCGUAAGAAACGUGUGUCAGCCUAAGAACAAAGCGACGGAUGAGGAUAUCGAUAAAAUGCACCAAGGUGACUGGAAUAUUGACCACACCGCAAUGUGCUACAUGCAUUGCGUUUUGACUUCACAAAAAUUGAUCACAAAAGAGAACAAUUUGGAUUAUGAUGUGGCAAUGAAUGCCGCCAAAACCAAACUACCAGUGACAAUCCGGGACGGAACUCUGGUUACCAUAGAACAGUGCAAAGAUUCGGCCAAAACUCUAACCGAUAAAUGUGUGGCGGCUUACGAAAUAUCUAAAUGUCUCUACGAAGCAAAUCCUCAGAUUUAUUUUCUCCCAUGA